CUGCGUUACUUCAGCUAACCUUGGAGGAAACCCUACAAUUGUGACUGGCCUCGAAGACGUGGGCACAUCAAAGCAGGCCAUGCGUUGCCAUUCACCAUCUCCGUUAGCGCGAGAACGCCUACCCUGCAGCACCUGGCCAGGGUAUAUUUAUGUCGCCAAUCAUCUCCCCCAGCAGUGCUGUCGCCACCCACUUUUCAUGACCCCCUCUCGCGGCAUCAGACCAUGAUCCAGCGUCAAGGACGCCUUGUGCCUUGAUGUCAUCCGCACCGUCGCUGGAGACGCUGCCAAAUGAGCUGCUACACAAGAUCGUCGCGUACGCAUACGAUCCCCCGCCAGAGCCCUGGAUCAACGAGCACGACAGUCUCCUCGACACCCUGGUAGGCGAUGGAUACAUUGGCGCGUCGGACAAAUGGCGCUUGCCGAGCAACUUGGGCUACGGCGGCUUCUGCCGGGUCUGGCAUCUACAGAACCUCGCCCUCAUCUCCAGGCGUUUUUACUCAUUCCUUACGCCCCUGAUCUACGGCUUCUUCUCAGACUGCGACCACUGCCUCCGACCGUGGGAGCAUGCGGCCGAGACAGACCAGCCCGAGAUCAUCCUCCAGUGGCGCAAGUGCCAUCCGGACGCCCCGAUCGCGGGCAGCGCUGCUUCCAAGUCUGCGCUCAGCAAAGCCAUUGCGAGGAACUCAAUCCGAGUCGCAGAACUGCUGCUGUACGAGGGCUACACAUUCAAGAAUGACACGGUGCAUGUCGCGCCGGACUUGGCCAGCCCGUACCCUUUGCUCCAAGCAGCCGCGCGCGGUCACCUACACAUCGUCAAGCUCAUCGCGGACAGGGGCGACGACCUCAACUGUGGCGAUUUCUUCAGCCCCGGCUACCAGCGCCAGAGGUACAAGGUCACAGCGCUGUGGCAGGCAGUCAGACACGGUCACGAGGACGUUAUCAAGUUCCUCCUCUCCAGGGGCGCGCAAUGGCAACCAAGAGGAUCGCAACCGCAUGGACCGUUGUGGAGCGCUCUCAAGUAUGGACGUGCCAGCAUCGUGCGCCUUUUUGCCGAGCUGGGCCUCCACGAUGGCCUGCAUGAAGAUGCCGAGGCCAUUAUGCCAUUUGCUCAUCUGAAUGUCGGAAAGUAUAGUCAGGGUCAGCAAUGGCUGCUCAGGCGUGUCCUGGACUUAACGUCGUCUGCCCAUCGGGACCAGCUGCAUGAACAGCUUCGGAAGCACAAUAUUGUCUACGAUGAAAAUAAUAACGUGGAUGCUUUCGAGGAGGGAUAUUCAAUGGAAGAGGCGUGCUUCUUUGGAGCCGACUUGGACGCACCCAUGAGGUCGGAUCUAAGCAUGCGUAAAGUAUCCGGAAUCGACCGGAGACCACUAGUGCAAGCCUUCUCGAUGCCUAAUCGCAUGGCACUCUCUAUGGUCUCGACACUCCUCGAACAUAACGCGGACCCGAACAUCAGACCACGCGGCUCGCAGCGCACGAUCCUACACGACGCGGUACUUCUGGCUAACUACGACGAGGCAUACAAGAUAAGCCUCGCACUGAUUUCAGCUGGUGCAUCUCUGGAGGCAACAGCCUACACUGGCAUGACGCCGCUGCUAUGGGCCUGUCUGGGCCACGCACACCCAGAGAUCAUCCAGCUGCUCAUAGGUAGUAACGCAAAUACCUACACCAACAUUACCGAUGGCAGCGCCCUCUAUUGGGCCCUGACCGACUGGGAAAGUAAGGGGGCGUUAUUCCUCUGGAGAAAUACCAACGGCGACGCUGGCAAGACGCCGUAUCCAGCACUUGCGCGUCGCUUCCUCCGGGUGAAAGAGGACCUCGUAAAAGAGUCGGCCGGAGUGGUGCAGCGAGGAUCUUUCUGGACCAAGGGCUACUCUGAAUUUCUAGACGUCAAUGCCGUAUUUCCACCUGAAGUUGACGCGGACUAUACCUACAGAUUGCGGAGACUUCCUUGGAAAGGUCUUACGAAGAGGGGACUAGGACGAUAA